AACGUUUGUCACAUGGCUUUCUGUCCACGCUUCGAUUAGCAACGAAACUUCUUCCACAAUUUCCCUUUCUUCUCUCAAGCUUCCCCUCUAUAUAACAACACACCAACUCACCACUUCUCUGACCAAACCCCCUAUUUUCAUCAACAAAUUCAAACUUCUCUACUACAAAUCAUCCUUGGCUGCCACGAUUUUGUUCUACUCCAAGGCUUUGGUUGCAGAAGAAAUUGAGCAAAAGGGAAAAAAAAGGGGAAAAUAGACUUCAGAAAAUAUAUACUAAUUGCCGGAGGAAAUGGUGAGCGGUAUCAGAUACUUGCAAACAUGUGAAAAGGCACCAGCCCUUGUUAUUUCUUACAAGAAAUCGUCUACUUCUCCAAGAUUGGAGACCAUUGUUGAAGAGGGGUCUGAAUUGAACUUUGAGGUUGGACAGAAAAUGGUGUUCUUUCUUCUUCCUGUAUUUCUUUCUGUUAUCUCUUAUAUUUUGUUGUAUAGAGACAUUGCUUGAUGUGGGAGUUUUAUAUGUUUUUUCGACCCUUUGUUUUAAUUAUUCUCCAAAUCUAUUCUUUUUCUCUGUA